GCCGAAGGCUCAAGGGAUGAACUUUCUAUUAUUAUUUACGUUUACUUUCGACGGAUUUAGUAAUUUCUUAACCUGAACGGUUUGCAGACCGGACCGAUUAAGAUCUGACCAAGAGCUAUCUCUCUCAUCCUUCGAUAGGUCCGUGAGUCGGACCUUCGUGAGGACAGGACAACUCGGGCCUUGUUUCGAUGCUUGUUCCUCGUCACCUUGACAAGAUCCAGACCCACUCACCGCCCUACACAAUACAUGUGGUUUCUCAUUACCGUAGAAACAACGGGAUAUGUGUGCUUAUAACGGUGCUGCUACAGGACUGCGGCCUCGGGGCUCCGCCCACCGCAAUGCUAUGGGCCUUAGAGAUAUUGAGAGAGAGGAACAGAGGAACGGAGCUGUGUGUCGUAAAUGCAUUCAGGUUCUCAAGGAUUAGCCCUAGGUAUUUUUCUUAUUUUCCCUCACUGUGAACAUGUUGAAGUUUGUCUGGGGUGCAGAUGUAAUAGGACAUAUACACUCUGCUAAGCAGCUAUUGCUGUUUUCAUAUGCUAAAUAGCCCAGUCUUCUGAGUUGAGAGUUUUUGGAAACUACACUGUGGCGCGUCAGGAUCGAACCUUGGCGAUUGCACAACGCGCUUUGUCAUCUGCCAAUUGACUACGCCGGGCCUAAGUGAAAAGGGGGUGAUUUUUUUCAAAGCAACAAACUCUCCAUCUUUCUUUCACACACACACACACACACACCGCAUAUAGGCCUACACACACGCACACAUACACAGACUCACCACUCUCCACACACACCAGCCAUGCCAUCCCCGUCAGACUCCAGCAGUGUAGUGUCAGCCUCUGGGUCUAGGGGCUGGUCAGAUAGCUGCCGGGGCAUGUCUGGCCGUCAGGGUGGGGCCAAACUGCUGCUGUACCUGGGGCUGUGCCACUUGGGCCUGGGGGCCAUGGUCCUGGCCUUCUCCUUCACCAGCAUGGCCUUCACAUCCUCAGCCCGCGUCCGACAGUCCUGCCCCUUCUGGGCCGGCUUCUUUGUUGUGGCAUCAGGGUUAGUUGGACUUAUCUCAUGGAGAAGACCCCUCACUCUGGUGGUGUCCCUCUUCAUGCUGCUGUCUGCUGUGUGUGUCAUCCUUAGUCUGGCUGGAUCCAUUGCUCUCCUGUCAGAACGCACAGAUGGUCAAGUUCACUCCUCACCCUGCCAGUAG